AUGGGCGGUAAUGGCUGCCAGUGUGAAAGUCUCGAUAGUAGCUGCAUCGUACGUCAGCAGCGCUGGCGUGAAGUCUGUGCCAAAUUCUACUUCGACCAGGACGAGGCGGCUAAACGCCUUUUGGACUAUUUUGAAGCGAAAAAAGUGGACGAAAUUAGCAUUUCUACUGAAGAAGACACUGGAGUCGAUGGACAAGUCAAUGAGCUCGUACUGAUGCUGGGGCUGCAGAAGUGCACAGUAACAGGUCAUGAAGAUAAGUUUCAUCAAACAAUUGAAAUGUUGGAAGUAGUGAAGAAUGAUGUGCGGGCGAAAUAUCAUGACCAUAUUUCCCAUCAAAGGUAUGCAGAAUUCAAUAAUAGGGCAAAGGAAAGUCAGGGAACCAACUACGAGCUUUGGACGGAUGACAAUGGUCAAGAGCAGCUAUCAGUUCGCGUCCAGCAUGAAUACUUGCGUUUGACUGAGAACCUCACUAAAAUGAUGAUUCGUACCGAGGUGUUUAUGGAGAAGCAUUUGCCAAAUGUUGGCUGCCAUCCAUUCCUGGCAGGGCUUCGAGCCGUGUUGCAGUGGAAUCUGGAGAGCUCAACCGUUGUGGCGUGGAAAUUGUCAGACUCGGUAUUCGUCGAAAGUGGUGAUUCUGAGUAUACACACAAUGCGUUUGCACUGUUGGUUCUCGUGCUUAAUUUUAGCCAUUGCGUAAGUGUUGAUAAGAGUAAUACGUGUGGUGCAAGCAAUGACGCUCGCGUGAAGACUCGCAACUGGUAUCUGGACCCGUUCAUGUCGGAUCACGAUAUUCGUCAGCUCAUUCGACAACUUCCUGACGCGAAGCACCUUAUAGGAAAACCAACAGGUACGAAACUGCUUACGAAGAUGGAUCGAGUAAAUAUGCAUGGAGAGCGAGACGAGAAUUUUACAUUUUUCAAUCGGUGGUGUAUAGUCCUAUAG